AUGGGGUCCGAGGGCCAGGGUCCCCUGGGCCCCAAGUACGUGGGCCUCUGGGACUUUGAGGCUCGGACUCCUGAGGAGCUGAGCUUCCGGGCAGGGGACCUCUUCCAUGUGGCCAGAAAGGAGGAGGAGUGGUGGUGGGCCGUGCGCCUGGAUGGGGCGGGCCGGGCCCUGGCUGAGGGCUACGUGCCCCACAACUACCUGGCUGAGAAGGAGACAGUGGAGUCAGAGCCGUGGUUCUUCGGCCGAAUCUCUCGCUCGGAAGCUCUGCACCGACUGCAGGCCAUGGGCAACGAGCAGGGGUCCUUCCUGAUCCGUGUCAGCCAGAAGCCAGGCGCCGAUUAUGUCCUCUCGGUGCGGGACCAGCAGACCGUGCGCCACUACAAGAUCUGGUGGCGGGCCGGCCGGCUGCACCUCAACGAGGCUGUGUCCUUUCCUGGCCUGUCUGAGCUUGUGGACCACCACAAGGUCCAGAGCCUGUCCCACGGCCUGCAGCUGACCUCGCCCUGCCGGAAGCACGAGCCAGAGCCCCUGCCCCACUGUGACGAUUGGGAGAGGCCACGGGAGGAGUUCACGCUCUGCAGGAAGCUGGGCUCCGGCUACUUCGGGGAGGUCUUUGAAGGAUUCUGGAAGGACAAGGUCCGAGUGGCCAUCAAGGUGAUCGCCCGAGCCGACCUUCUGCAUCAGCACACGUUCCAGUCGGAGAUCCAGGCCAUGAAGAAGCUGCGGCACAAGCACAUCCUGGCUCUGUACGCGGUGGCAUCUGUGGGGGAUCCAGUGUACAUCGUCACGGAGCUCAUGCCCAAGGGGAGCCUGCUGGAGCUGCUGCGGGAUUCCGACGAGAAAGCCCUGCCUGUCUCAGAGCUGAUGGACAUUGCAGCACAGGUGGCCGAGGGCAUGUGCUACCUGGAAUCACAGAACUACAUACACCGGGACCUAGCUGCCAGGAACAUCCUCGUCGGGGAAAACAACAUCUGCAAAGUUGGGGACUUCGGGCUGGCCAGGCUCAUCAAGGAGGACAUCUAUCUCUCCUAUGACCACAAUGUCCCUUACAAGUGGACCGCCCCAGAGGCGCUCUCCCGAGGGCAUUACUCCAUCAAGUCUGACAUCUGGUCCUUCGGGGUUCUCCUCCAUGAGAUUUUCAGCAGGGGUCAGACGCCCUAUCCAGGCAUGUCAAACCACGAGGCCUUCCUGAGGGUGGAGAGUGGCUACCGCAUGCCCCGCCCCCCAGAGUGCCCGCCCACCACACACAAGCUGAUGCUCUCCUGCUGGCACAAGGACCCUGAGCAGAGACCCUACUUCAAAGGGCUGUGGGAGAAGCUCUCCAGCCUAACGAGGUACGAGAAACCGCUCUGA